AUGGGUGGGGCGGGGGGCGACACGCUGGCUGCUCUGUGUCUCCACAGCGCGCCGGACCCGCGUUGCGGCCACAGCUAUCGCGUGCUGCUCGUGCAGACGCUCAUGACAAGCCACAAGUCUGCCAGUGAUGUUGACGAGACGAUGCGGAGCCGCAGCACGCUCUUCAGGGGCGAUGCGAGCUGGCGCGAGCUGGGUACCCUCAUCGGUGUAAGCAAGUCGUUCAACGACGAUCUCUUUCGACUAAGCGCGUCGGCGAUGUUUCACGAUCGCGACACCGACUUCGAGGCGGCGGGGGUACUGGACAUAACGCCUGUUUUCGCGAGCCCGACGCUGCUUAAGCUCGGGGUGAACAAACUUGGCCGUUUAGGUGUCGGCAUAGCUACAAGGAUAUCCAACACACUCAUGGUGACGCUCGGCAUCCACCACGUGCAUGGAGGGGAGACGCGAUUCGGGCUUGAGCUCGCAAUGUAG